CGUUAAUCGUAUGCAGCGUUGUGUAUAAAACGGCAUUUAAAAUUUUGAUUUUUCAUUAACUGUUGUUUGUGCCGUGUGUAGAUUAAGUGGUGCGGCCCGUUCCUAUAUAAAGUGCCUCCGCAAAUCACCUGCGCACAGAAGUUAAGUAUCGUCGACCAGGAAGACGCGAAAUGCAGCAUCUAAAAUGGUUUAUUUUAGCAGUUUUCGCUACUGUUGUAGCCGAGGGAAGGUAUAUUCGUCCUGUAAGGGAACUAAAGGUACGUUGGAGAAUUUUGUUUGAAAAUUAAAGCGCGCGUUUUUAUCGGGAAAGGUUUUAUAUUAGCGUCUUAAGAUUUUCAUUCAUUAGGAGUUUGCGUCCUUGAUGAACACUUAACAAUUGAGAGUGAGUACAUUAUAAGAUUUGCGUGUAUUAUGCGAUCAAUUUUAACUGAAAAACGUUGUUAUGAAUGUUUGUGUCUUUUGCAAGUUUGCAAUCAAGUUGUCUAUAUAAUUUCCUAAAAUGUGAACGUGGUUGAUUAUAACUUUGCCUCACACGGAAGACUUCAACUCACACGGAAGAUUUUGCCUUUCAGUUUCCCUCCUGAGGUAACACUGGAUCAGUAAAGUCAGUAAAGAAGGACCCUUAUUGGAUCUCUGAAGAAGAAUAGUUUAAACUGAUAAUAGUGAAAUAUAUCCUUGUUUUUCAGCCCCACCAACGCGUGUAAUUCGUAGCCUGCUGAUUUCAAUAAUGCUAGUCCAGACUUAAUGCAAUUUUUCAUUUUAACUUUUUUUAACUAAAAUUCAACAAAUAGUAUAAAAUAAGAUUUACCCCUUUUUGAAGUCAAAACAUUCGCUCAGAUGCAGUAUAUUUAAAACGGAUCCGACUGUUUAUUUGCAACAAAUAUAUUAGCUCAUCUCGAUGAUUUAUGGAGUUUAAUAUAUAUGCUUGCUUUCUUAAUUUAUAUUGCUUUGAAACUGUGAAGUUGUUUUUAAUUCGGAUUAUUUUCAUUUCAAAUUAAAGUACGUUACAGUCUAACUUUCUGUCUAUUACAGUUUCUUAGAGUUAAUUAUUUAUUCUUUGAUUCAGUUUAAUUAUUAUUCAUUUCACAAGUAAUGAUUUAUGGCUGAAAAGAAUAUAAAACUGACAAUGGCGAGACUCAAAUCAAUCAAAAAUUAUCGUUCACUUUAGAAUUAAACUUAUUCUGCAUGUAUAUGUUUUAAUUAAUAUGUUUCCUCUUCCACGAAUUGUACUUUUCAAGAUAUCGACUUUUUUCCUUUGUCGGCAUCUCUUUUGCUGACUGUGAUAAGUGACGCCGACAAAAGAAAAAGUCGUUUCGCACGAACAGAAUCGCCUAGUGGCAUAUAGCGUCAUAUCGCCAUGAUUGGAAAACGGGCUUUUGUUUUGGCAUAUAUUGCCAUGAUUGACGAUGCAUAUAUUAUUUCGACUACCGCUGAAGAUAUUGGAUGUUUUUUAUCACCUUUCGAGUUUUCAUUAAAAGCAAGAACUACCAUUUUACUAAGCAGCAGGCCGAGAAAGCACAUUCUUUUCACAAAGACGCUAUCUUUUUCUCUCUCUUGCCACACCCGGGGGGGGGGGGUUAUCUAUACUCCCACUUUUGGCCAGGGGUGGGUAUUUAUUUUUCAAGUGAUAUUUGAGGUUGGACAAAAUUUUUUAAAACUUUUUAAUGGUUAAAUCAGCAAAAUAUCAACCAAGAAAAACGUUUCUCGCUUCAAUAAUUUAACAAUUGUUUCUCGCUUCAAUAAUUUAACAAUUGUUUCUCUAGGUUCCAAACUGGAUAGAUUUUAGAAAAGGAGAAACAUCGGUAGAUACACACAUCCCCCCUGCAGCGCCUCUUUAUGAAGUGUUUGCCAAACCAAAGAGAGAUGACUUGGUGGAAAAUGGAGAUCUCGUAGAAGACAAACGUAACAAGAACAGACGAGUUGUGACGGUAAGUCGUGCGAUUUAUUGUACAAGUGAAACAUGAUAUUCUUCAAGGCAGAUUUACUACACAUAGGCGUACCCCAAGGGCAUCCCUUGAGGAAUUUGCAAUGUUCCUUGUCCGUUGUUGUAGUAUUCCAAUGCAGAGAAACUUCCUUUCAAAUUUUUCCGACUUCCCGACUUCCUUUUGUUUAUUUUAUUUAUUUAUUUAGCUUUGCCAACUAGGGCAGGGUCACCACAACAGCAUAUGCCAAUUACUGUGGGCCCUUUUUACCUAACCCACCCUGUCAACUUCCCGUGGGAGGAAACCGGAGCACCCGACUUUCGGCAGAGCGUUGACUUUUACUCUUUUCACAUGAGGACUGGGUUCGAGUCGCACUGAGAAGGUACUUAGUGGGACUCGAACCUGCAGCCUCGGAGGUGGAAGGCAAGUGCGCUAACCGCUUGGCCACCGAAACCCCUUACUUCCCUGUUCUGUUCUGAGCGUUGUCAUUGGUGGAUUGUUUUUGUUAGCCAAUUACAAUGCACGCAACAGAACAGGAAGUUAGGAACUUGUAACAGGAAGUUAAGAACUUCUGACAGGAAUGGAGGGAAAUUUAAAUGUGGUUAACGGCGGAUGUAUUACGCAUGCUAAAUCCGCCGAGGGGAGUCAGUGGUGUCAUAUCGAUCAAAGGGAGGUUAUUCGCGCCUUGUUACCGAUUCAUUCUGUCUUGCCUAGUUGCAGCAAGUUUAGCGCUUAGAUAUUUUAUCAGUUGCUACAUUCUUUUGCUUGCGUUGGCCUAUGUCUCCGUCUAACCAGAAAUAGUCGAGAAUCGAUAUCUGGGCCCGUCUUUUUGGGCGUUGUUAGUUCGGAGCAGCCUAGCUGCGGAGUACGUCUAUCGGCGCUACAUCUAGCGCAACUAAAGGCCUGUUUAAACGGAUCCAACAUUGUUGGACCAACAUCAUCCAACAAUGUUACUAUAAUAGAUAUGACUGCUUCUCUUUCAAAUCUUUUUGGUUAGAUAAGCUUUACUUAAACUCUAAACCUAGUCUUGACAAAAAUAUUUGAAAAAGAAGCCGUUUGAGCCAUUAUUUCAACAAUGUUGGAUGAUGUUGGCCCAACAAUGUUGGAUCCGUUUAAACAGGGCUUAAGGCCCCGUUUACACUACACCGGAUUGCUAUCGGAGUGGGUGAAAUUUUGUAAGUAUCGAAAGGCUGUGAAGAUUUUUAAUCUCAGAGACCCAAAUAAACAUGCCAAUUCUGUCAAACUAACAAGCAUUUGCUACUAACCAUUGCUCCAUAACGGCAAAAGAUGUCGUGACCAGCGAAUCCGGUAUAGUGUAAACAGGGCCUAAGACCACAGGCACAGUCUUUUCGUCGGGAACGAGUACGACGCCGGCAUUGUCGAUCGGAGAUAUUGUUACCAACGUAAGCCCUGGGCAAACAUAGGGAAACAUCAAAUGUUUCUGAAUUUGCUAAGAAACAUUUUUGCUUCUCAGGAAGCAAAUUUUGUUUCCGCAACAAUUUUUCACGGGUGGGCAAACAGGGAAACAUUUGGGGAAACAUCGAGAAUCACAAAUGUUUCCACAACAAUGUUUCCUAGUUUGCCCAGGGCUGUAGUUCACGUAUUACAAGGUCAACUAACCAGCCUGGUGCAGAACGAAUUAUAAAGAUAUAUUGCAUUUAUUCUUCGAAUGACCCAAAUAUUACAUAUACAAAAAAAACAUAUUUGGGGUUAGGUACACUUUAAGAAACAUGUGCUUGCAAACAUUAGAUAGAACUAUGUAAAUCAUAAAGGAAUAAUUAUUUUUUAGGUUUUCAACCCGUUAAGGAUAGGUAGUUUUGCUAAGUUUAAAGAUGAAAUAAAGCGAGGAUGUCGUCCACGUCCUGGAUCAGCGUGGUGCACUGGAAAAAGAGAGAUACUGGUAGAUAAACUUAUUUAGAUCUUGCAGUAUAACAUAUCAUCAAAAAUAGUCCACCAAAAAUCUUUUAUUCAACCGACUACACACGGGUAAAAAUCUCACAUCUUGCUAACAAGCCGUUAACAAGUUAUGUUCGCACUGCUUGUCCCAAGUUGUCAACAACUUUGGAACAAGCAGUUAACAACUUGUAACAAGUUUGAUGACAUUAUCAGACUUGUUGCAAGGUUGUUCCAACAAGUCCGAUACAGUCAUGAAAUAACAAUAUUGUUACAACUUUGUGUCGUCAACCUUGUAAUAUUCUUGUUGUACCAUGACUGUAUCAGACUUGUUAGAACAACCUUGUAACAAGUCUGAUAAUGCCAUCAAGCUUGUUGCAAGUUGUUAACAGCUUGUUCCAAACUUGUUCCAACUGGGAACAAGCACUGCGAAGACAACUUGUUGACAGCUUGUGAACAGAUUUGUAACAACUUGUUUGCAGACCUGCAACAACUUGUGCGUUUUUACGUGUGAACACAGCUGCGGAACAUUAUAGCUCUUCAAAGUGAUCAAACAAAAGCAACGGCCACAAUCACUGCUACAGUCCUUCUUUGACGCAAGAGGCAUCGAAACGUCGUUGUAAUAAAAUAAAAUUAAUAUCGCUAUCAUUUGUUUCAAAGUUAUUUUUAAUUUGCCACCCAAAAUGAUGGAAGUCAACAAAUGCGUUGUUGUGAGAGCCCAAUAUUUCAAAUCUUGAACACUUUAUCAUUUUGAAGUUUUCUACUGACAGUUCUAUCCAAGUACAUAAAGUAAACUUUAGUUUACAGUAAGCGAUUUUCCUUACUAGUCCAGUAAUACAAAAUGUCAGUUCUAAAUCUCUAGGAAGAUUUAGAACUGAUAGAGCUGUCCAGCAUAUUUAUUUUAGUUUAGUUUCUAUUUUUAUUUCACGGUUAUAAAAAUACCAAAACAUGUUUUAAAGAUAAAUAGUAGGUAUUUUUAAUAGAUAUAUGUCUGCUAAAUAUGUUAUACUUCAUUUUAAUAAUUUUUUAUGUUUUUAGGAGGAUAAAGAGACGGUGAACACAGACGAGAUAACUGUAACACUCCCGGAAGAAUUAUCAUUGCAGAAUUGAUUUCUAGAAACUUAGUAUAAUAAACAUAUUUCUUAGAACGAUGUAGAUCUUACAUUGUAACUUAAUGCGCAUGCGCAAAUACCGUUGUGUAGUUGUAUAAUAUAAUUUAUUCACUAGAAUUCACGUGUCCAUUUGUUAUCAACUACAGACAUUUGCCUUUAUCUGCCACUGAUAACUACAAAAGGUCCUAAAACUGGCAGACAAACAGCCUAAAUAGCAAUUUGGAACUGACACCUUACCCCUCCAAUAAAUUGUUUAAUAUUUCUCUUAACCGUCAGAGUUCCAUACUUCACACAAGGUUGCGUUUAGGGCACUGCCAGCUCAACUUUUAUCUAUAUAAAAUUGAUUGCAAACCUUCUCCUUUUUGUGACUACUGUUGGGGAAAAUCACAAACCAUUACUCAUUUUUCCCUUUAUUGUACUCAAUACGCCGUUCAGCGCGCUCUUCUCUUUGCCUCAACUGCAAGGUUGUUCAAUGACGCAUGGUUCAGGUUUUCAGACAAACAGAAAGUUCAAAUAUUUCUGCAUGGUUCUGACUUACUUAGCUAUGACGAAAACGUAAUAUUAUUUAGAAAUGUUCAAUUAUUUAUACUCAAUUCUAAUCGAUUCUCUUAAAGAUUAAAGAUUAAUUGACGAUGCUUUUCUUUUCUUUCUAUUUCAUUCUAUAUCUAUUUAUCUCUUUCUUACUUUACUAAAUUUCAAAAAUAUUGUAAAUGUUUACACAUAAUCUCCCACGAUGAGCUAUGAGCUCUUGGAGAAAAUGUGUCUAAAUAAAUAUGUUUAUAUAAAAAAAAAAAAAAAAAAAUGGUAGAGAAAUUGUCCAGUAUUUUCUUCACAAACGUUAGUUCAAUUUCCGAAAUACUGUACAUUUUAUCCAUCUUCUCAAAAAAAUUUAAAAAAUUCCACGACUGUCGAACGCCAUUUUCUUUCAGUGAAUUUUGCGAACUCAAUGCAGGCCUUAAAAUAUCUUUUACAGGGUUGUCUGACAAAAUGUCCGAUGACUUUGAAUUUCGUUCGGGCAUACUGUAUAUGUACUGUAUGAUGAUGUCCGAUGACCUUCAGUCCAGUUUGACUCGGAAAUAAGUCUGAAUGACACAAGCUAAUAUCAGCACAAUGUAUUAAUUCGGAACGGUAAAUUUUGUGAAGAUAUCAAAAAAUUUGUGUCAUUCAUACUUAUUUCCAAGUCAAAAUGAUCUUGCUUGCCAAUAGCAGCAGUAAGACAUCGAUAACUUAAACCCGAUUUCACGCACUUCAUCGUUUCACUCGCCGCUCCGCGCUCCAUUACAUUAAAACAACAUUUCCGGUUCACCUUUUACGCGUACAUCACUUUGAUUAUCCAUUUAACGUACGAGGUCUAGUCCUGGACUAGGGUACAUUUUGAUCAACGUCGGACAAUUUCACGAAUGGGUCGGACAAUGUCCGUGACCGACCGAUAUUUUAGGGCCUGCAAUCUCUCUAAAAUUUCGAAGAGAGUUAAACAAGGAAAUAUUCCAAGAAACAUCAGAAUUAUCAAAUGUUUCCGCAGAAACCCUUCCUAGCUUAUCCAAGAGCAAGGUUGACGAAUAUAUCGCAAAAGGCUGUUGGCAGCAAGCUAAAAUCUUCUAGUGUAAGAUACAAAUCAAGGAAAAGCUCUUUACACUAUAUUUACUAGAAGACAAUUUCGCAAAAUACAAGAUGAAACACACUUCGAAGAUGGAACACACUUCGUCAUUCCAGACGAAGGGCCUUCGCUCGAAACGUCAAAAUUCUCCUUAUAUUUUGCAGGUACACACGUAAAAUUCUCACAACUUGUCAACAAGAUGUAUUCGCAACAAGGUUGUCGCUCACAACUUGUUGACAAAUUGUUGAUCGAAUGACAAGACGAUAACAAGUUGUUGGAACAACUUGUAACAAGUCUGUUGAGCUCAACAACUUUGUAGCAAGUUGUCAACAAGCUGUUGACAACUUGUCAUGCAAGCUGGGAACAAGCAGUGUGAACACAUCCUGUUGUUGGAACAGCAUUGCUACCAGACUGUUGCAGGUUUGUUGCAAUUGUGCUUUUUACGUGUGUAGUUACAUCCCUACCAAUGAAAGCUUGUUCACUUCGAAUAUUAGCAUCUUGUGAACUCAGGAUUCAAGCUAUCAUUUCGUAUAUGCUGAUUUAAUAAAAACUUGAAUGGGUUACUAUACUUGAUAUAAACUAAAUUUUAACUAUAGCAUAAUAAACUAAGUAUCUGACCGUACAUUGAUGCGGUGUUAUUUACCCAGAGCAGUAGAUUGUUCAGUAACGGUAAUGGUCUGGCUUGUAUGGUCCUUCGGGAGGCAUGCAAAGAUAUUUGCUCUGUGUUUCUGUCAGUUUUGUGAGUUUCACAUCAAUCUGCCCCAAAUGAUGCAAGGCAACCUCCUCAUCAAGCU